CUCUGAGGCUGUAUUCCUAGCUAUAGACGGAAACUUUGGCCGACAUGUGAUUUAGCAUCAGGGCAGGUGGAUAAAAAUAGUGCCGUAACAACCAAUCAGAGAGCUGCUUUCAUUUCCCAAUGUGCCUGUAAGGGAAGAACCGUGAGCAGAAGUGUCUGCUGUGUCCGGUGCAGUCACGUGGUAGGCUGGCUGCAGGACGGACGGGCCCCGCCGGGUGUUAUGUAAGCAGCGCCCGGUGAUCGCAGGGGGCGGGAUGGUCGGAGUGACAUGGUGCUAAGGAGGAGCUGUCUGCACGUCCUGGCUGUGCUGCCGCCCGUUGCCUCUAUCCCCGGCAGGCUCCGCACUGACAGUCGCCUCCAGAGCACCAGGCCUGCCAGUGAGCUGCUAGGGGGCAUCACUGCGCACACCAGCAUGGCAGAGCACGGGGAGGAUGCGGACAGUCAUCUUAGAUUACAAAAGACAUUAGAAGCAGAUGAUGUGGCUGAAGAAUGUUUAACCUCAACCAACCAGUACCCAAAAGAAACAGUACGGAAACGUCAAAAUUCAACUCGCAGUUCCAGGAGUAGUGAUUCCUCUCGUUCUUCAAGAAAGAGCUUCAAGCUGGAUGCUAGGUUAGAGGAAGAUGUCACAAAGUCAGUUCGGGGCACAAAUGGCCGAUUUGUCAACCCUUGGCCUACAUGGAAGACCCCUACCAUGAAAAAUGCUGUGAAAUGGGCUGUAACUGAGAAAAAUAAUAGCAAUGUGCCAAGUUCAAAAGAGGAGCUUGACAAGGAGCUUCCUGUUAUUGAGCCAUAUUUUGUAAAACACCCUGAACUCACUGGCAAGACAAAAAAUGGCAUAAGGAUCACUUGGUUGGGGCAUGCGUCCAUCAUGGUGGAAAUGGACGAUUUGGUAUUUCUCACUGAUCCCAUCUUUAGUCAGAGGGCCUCUCCACUUAGCUUUGCAGGUCCAAAGCGGUUUCGAGGGCCACCAUGCACUGUAGAGCAGCUUCCCAAAAUCAAUGCUGUUGUGAUAAGCCACAACCAUUAUGACCACCUGGAUUACAAUACUGUAUUGAGCCUGAAUGCUCGCUUUGGUACAGAGUUGAGGUGGUUUGUUCCCUUGGGCCUUUUGAACUGGAUGCAGAGCUGUGGCUGUGAAAAUGUGAUUGAAUUGGACUGGUGGGAACAAAACUGUGUCCCUGGACAUGAUGAGGUGACCUUUGUUUUCACCCCAUGUCAACACUGGUGCAAGAGGACACCAUUUGAUGACAACAAAGUACUGUGGGGUAGCUGGUCUGUACUUGGACCAGCAAAUAGAUUUUAUUUUGCAGGAGAUACUGGUUAUUGUGCUGCAUUUGAACAGAUUGGAAAACGAUUUGGUCCAUUUGAUGUAGCUGCAAUUCCUAUUGGAGCCUAUGAACCAAGGUGGUUUAUGAAAUGUCAGCACGUUGAUCCAGAAGAAGCAGUGAGAAUCCAUGCUGACAUUCGAGCCAAGAAAUCCGUUGCCAUCCACUGGGGAACAUUUGCUUUAGCUAAUGAGCACUACCUGGAACCACCACUAAAACUGAAAGAAGCCCUUGAGCGGUACGGCCUCACAUCAGAAGACUUUUUUGUCAUGAACCACGGAGACUCCAGAUUACUGAAUAAUAUAGAAUAAUCCACUUGAAGGAUAAAUAAAGAACCUACAGAAAUAACUUGCAUUUUUACUGAGAUGUAAUGUUUUCUAUCUGAAAUAGCUUUUUUUUCCCCCCAACUUUCUCAUGACCAAAGUGUGUAUUUAAAUGCUUACUUAGCAUAAUUUUAGUAAAAAUUGAUUCACUUGAAUCAUAAUAAUUUUAUAUAAAGUGGUUGACUGAGGAUAAAAAAAAUUAAUUAUAUGGCUUGGGGUGAUGUGAAAAAAAAAAAAAAUAAUAAUAAGUUGUCAUACUCUCUCCUGAUCAGCCGGAUGGCUCCAGUCACUGCUUGUCUGUUUCUUUGUUCCUGUAAUAUGGUCAUCACAGAAAAUGCCCUGUCUAGUCAAUCACUAAGGUGGGACACCAUGCGGCCAGUGACUUUCUGCAGCUUAUUUUGCCAUCCAUUGACUUUACUGGUAGCAAAACCUGCAGUGGAAAAUAUGCAACAAAAUGCAAGACAUGUGAAUGUAGGCUGAGUGGGGCAGUUCCUGUGGAAACGACACAUCACAGGAACAUUGACUGGAGCCAUCCGAAUGACGGCUGUGGAGGAUCUAGACAGGUAUGACAUGUGUUCUACUUUUACACUAUUACUCCCAGACUUUUUUCUUCUAACCUUCCUGGGCAACCUCUUUACCUGUGGUGUUCAAAAUAUAAUAAUUGGGGAAUCUACAGUUUUCUUGAUCUUACACACUAGCUGUAUGCAUAUCUGUUUUCAGAUAAUGUUUUAAUAAUUGUGCCUUUUGUAGACAUAACACAACUCAGAAGAUGGCUCUCUUGAUGUUGCAUGUAAGGUCACAUUAAUUGCUUGAGCUCACAUCCAGCAUGUUUAAUUGUAUUGUAUUUUUUUCACCCUCUUACAACUGCAGUGCAGCUAUGUUUUAACAUAUCUUCUGCCAUGUAUUUUCCUUUUUCUAAAUGAUCUGUAGUAUAUUUUGUAGGGCAGUGGUCUCCAAACUGUGGACCUCCAGCUGUUGCAAAACCAUAACUCCCAGCCAUUGACUGUCUGGGAGCUGUGGUAUUGCAGUGGUCCACAGUUUGGGGACCACUGCCUUAGAGCAGCUCUGACCUAGUCACCUCCUGCUGUUUCUAAAUUGCAUUAUAUAACUCCUAAAUUUAUUUUCAAUAACUAGAACAAGUUUCUCUAGUGCAGUUUUGGAUUAAGCAAUCUGGUCUGUCCCAGAUAUGUCUCUGUAUCGUGUUUAAAAACUGCUGUAAGGCGGAGUUAUUUUUUUUUUUUUUUAACAGGAUGUAAAUGUUCUGGUGUGUUAAUUUGCGGUAUGUUAAAUUUUGUUACGGGGUUAAAAGAAAUAGGAAAUAUAAAGGAAGAAUGGAUCCUCAUAGGUUGCUGAAUAAGGCUAAAGCCAUUGCUGCAAAGACAAAUCCUGCAAAUAUAGACACAAAGCAGGAUUGGAAAUGUUCCCAAAGAUUACACAUUAGAAACCUAAUGGCUGCAGUGCUUUUUAGUCAAAGCUAAGGCUUUGUCUACACAGUGCAUUUUUAAAGCCAUUUUCUGAGAAUUUGAUGGAAUCACAACCUUGACACAACCCAAGGCUUGACAUUGACAAAUGGCAAAUCUACAUUAAUACAUUCAUCUUCCAAAUUCACAUCAGCAAUGUUUAAUUAAAUACUAAUCAAUUUGCAAUCCACAUUAUUUGGGUGCAUUUCCACAAAAAAAGCUACAACAGCUGUGGAUUUUUACUUCCACAUUGAAAAUCUACAGCAUAUCCACAACAUAAAUGACCAUGCAAAUCUAGUCCAAUAGUCAAAACAAUCGGCACUAUUAGGCUAGGUUCAGACUACGGAAUCUCAGGGCAGAAAAUUUCAGCCCGGAGACUCCGAGUUCCACCUGCGCCGAAUGAAUUAGUCAGCGCUAGGACCGCGCGGACACUGCAGUCUCCUAUAGACUGCUAUGUGUUCUGCUAGGAUUUCAGCCUGAAGAAAGAGCAACCCCUUUCUUCAGGCUUAAAUUUUCUUGCGGAUUUUUCAUCCGGAUUUUCCGCUUCACAAAUUCCGAAGUGUGAAUUUGUGAACGGAAAACCAUUCACUACACUAUGCAUUAUAGUAAGCGGAAUUUCUGCCGGAAAUUUAAGGUGGAAAUUCCGUAGUCUGAACCUAGCCUAACUCUCACCUGUAUAGCACUAAUGUGCCCCCAGUCCUAGGUGGUUCUUUACUUAAAAGUCCACAAAUAAACCUUAUCCAUGAGAAGAGAUAUUAGUGGCCGUCACCAUUAGCCAUCGCCCAUACCAGUCACACUCACUAACCCUUGGCUAAUGUUUUACCUGCAUGACCUCUGAAUUAAGAGUACAAAUAGACUGGUGAGUGCCACUUAUAGCUCUUAUCCCAUUUAAAAUCCACACCAUAGAUUACUGUCCACUUUAAGCUUGUCUUGGAUGUAAAAUAAGAUAAGACUGUAUAUAAAAAUAAUAAUAAAAGUGAUGCUCCCUAAAGGAAUACAAUGGGUACAAUACAGGGUUCCUGUAGGAUGGAAGUGCCUUUCUGAAGGGAAAAUGUGCAAAAUACAGACUGUUAAAAGGGAGUUGUAUGUUCUGAAAGUGCCAUGCCUUCAGUAAUAGAAGAUUGUAUGUAUAAAAGAAAAACAAUGGAAAUGGUUGAAUGUAUGAUCAAAGGGGUAUGCCAUAGGAAGUUUUAUUUUUUUCUUAACAGUGGAACAGUCACAAGAUGGUUAACAUUUGACAUUACUUUGAGUUUGCCCUUGAUAUUUCAGCAAGUACUGAUUUUAACACCAUAUUUUAAUAUUUAUUGUAAAAAUACAUUAGUCCAUUUUAGAGGCGUAACUUGUAGCUUCUGGGCCCCGAUGCAAAAUCUGCAACAGGGAAUCAUGCAAAUUAUAAUACUGGCCUUUUAUGGGACAGAUGUGCUUUGAUUCCCCUUAGGUAUCGGGGUCCCGGUGCGACUGCUACUUCUGUACCCCUUAUUGCUAUGCCCCUGUUCAAUUUUGAAUAAGGUGUAUCCUAUAGUUAUAUCUGACAGGUGCUUAUAUAUAUAUAUAUAUAUAUAUAUAUAUAUAUAUAUAUAUA